AUGUCUAAAUGGCAAUUUCGAUUGCUAAUCGGGAUCAGUUAUUUAACAUGGACUAUCUCAAUCAUCAUUGGCCUCAUUGGUUAUGUUGUUCAUUGGAUUAUUUUCGAUCGAAACGAUAAGAAGAAAUUAAAUUUCCAAUGGACAUUGAGUGACAACGAAAAUGAGUAUCAUACGAUCAUUAUUGGUGCAGGGUUUUCUGGUUUGGGAAUGGGUAUUAAAUUGAAAGAAGUCAAUAUGAAUAAGUUUAUCAUCUUAGAACGCCAUUCGCAUGUCGGUGGCACAUGGUAUGCAAAUCGAUAUCCAGGUUGUCAAGUAGAUGUCCCAUCGAAUCUUUAUUCCUAUUCAUUUGAAAUGAAUCCAGAAUGGAGCCAUCAAUACAGUGGUCAAGCCGAACUUGCUGAUUAUCUUGAAAAAUGUACAGACAAAUAUCAUCUUCGAUCACACAUUCAAUUCAACACCACUGUUCUUCAAUGUGAUUGGCUUGACGAUCGUCAUUUAUGGCGAGUGACGACUAAAGAUGAAAAAUGCUUUUAUGGUCGGUAUUUGAUCGGUGCUUAUGGUGUAUUAUCUAAUGCAUCGUAUCCAACGGAUAUCAAAGGAUUAGAAACAUUUCAAGGUGAAAUAUGUCACACAGCUGAAUGGAAUGAUAACAUCAAUUUUCAAGGUAAACGAGUUGCGGUGGUCGGCACUGGUUCAAGUGCGGUACAAUGUAUUCCUGAACUACAGAAGAACUACGGUGUUGAACACCUGUAUGUUUUUCAACGAACACCACCUUGGGUAUUUGCUAUACAGAAUCGAACAUUGACACAAUUGGAGAAGAAACUCUAUGCCAACUUUCCAUUUGUUCAAAAGUUUUUUCGAGCUUGUCUUUAUUGGAGACUAGAAUCAACCGUCUUAUCAUUCGUAUAUCGACUACCACUACGUUUCGUUACACAAAAAUUACUUCGAUUGAUCUUCUUCCUACAAGUUAAAGAUCCGCAACUACGUGAGAAGUUAAUGCCGAAAUGGGAUUAUGGUUGUAAACGAACUGUAUUGAGUAGUGAUUGGUAUUCGACAUUACAACAACCGAAUGUCACUAUCGUCACCAAUCGAAUUCAACAGUUAAAACCGCAUUCGAUUGUGACUUUCGAUGGAGAUGAAUAUCCGGUUGAUAUUAUCGUUUGGGCGACUGGAUUCAAAGUUCAUGCACUUGCCAUUCCAAUGUUUGGCAUCCAAGGACAUUCGCUUGAAAAACAAUGGUCACAAACUGUACAAGCCUAUCGUGGUGUUACUGUACCGAAUUUUCCCAAUAUGUUUCUGUUACUUGGUCCAAAUACAGGACUUGGACACAAUUCCGUUGUGGUGAUGAUCGAAGCACAGUUUAAGUAUAUUAUAGAAGCAUUGAUCUAUAUGGAAAACAAAGGGAUUCGAGCAAUGGCUGUAAAGCAACAUAUCAGUGCUAAAUUCAAUGAAGAAAUACAGUCAAUAUUGAAGAAAACUGUUUGGCAAGCAGGUGGUUGUCAUUCGUGGUAUCAAGAUCCGAAAGGAAAUAACACGAUAAUAUGGCCAGGAUUUACAUGGACUUAUGAUCUUUUACUACGAACAUUCGAUCAUGCAAAUUAUGAUGUACUAUCAAGAAGAUAA